AUGUCAGGCAGUCUCGAUGGUACCGAGGGGACACCCACCUCGUCCUCAACGCGCCCCAGCAUCCCUCGAUCGGAACCAGGCCAGGACCAGCCAAACCUAUACGGGGAGGUGGGUCUGCUGGAGCUGCAGCAGAGGCAGGCAGCUGCCGUGCACCUGCCGUCAGCCAGCGCGUCCAGCUCAGCACAAGGCAGCACUGCCUUGCAGGGGACUGAUUCGAGCAGCAGGGAACGGCAGCGGAGACUGUGGUUUGCUGCAGUCAAGCCCCCCAUGUACGCUGUCGGCAUCGUGCCUAUUCUGGUGAGUGCUGGCGCGGCGUACUACAGCACAGGAGUGUUCAUCAGCGCAUGCUUUUGGAAGCUCGUGGCUGGCGCCACCCUUGUUAUUGCCUGGCUCAACCUCAGCAAUGACGCCUACGAUGCAGAUACCGGGGUGGAUCAGGCGAAGGAAGAGUCGGUGGUGAAUCUGACUGGGGGGAAUAAGAAGGGUGUGCUAGCACUGGCAAACGCGUGCCUGCUGGCCGGCGCAUGGCUGCUGCACACCGGCACCAAAGCCGCGGGGGAUGUGCAUGUGGGAAUGGCGCUAGCGCUCGCAAUUGGCAUGGGCUAUAUGUACCAGGGCCCGCCCUUCAGGCUGAGCUACAAGGGACUGGGGGAGCCGCUGUGCUUCCUGGCCUUUGGGCCGCUGGCAACCUGCGCAUUCUUCCUUGCUCAGGCGGGCGGAGUGGACGCCGUCGGAUACGCGGCGGUGACGGCGGCGGCCGCGGCCGCGUCUGUGAUCGUCGGAGCAACAACGACGUCAGUGCUCUUCUGUUCGCACUUCCAUCAGAUUGAGGGCGACACUGCAGCCAACAAGAUGUCUCCGCUCGUGCGCCUCGGCCCAAACCUCGGCUACCAGGUGCUGCGGGCUGGAGUGCUGCUCACGUAUGUGUUCCUGGACAUUGCGGCUGCGCUCAAGUGGCUGCCGCUCACCUGCCUCUUCGCGCAGAUACUCUCCGUGCCCAGCGCUAUGGCUCUGUUGGACUUUGCCAAAAGGACCCACCAGCAACCAGAGGCGGUGCGGCCUCUCAAGCGCUAUGCUCUCAAGUGGCAUAUGGCGCUCGGCGCGGCUCUGACCGCCGGCUUUGCCGCAGCCCGACUUCCCGCCGCGGCAGUUUUCUAA